AUGGACUAUGAACAGUGGAGAGAAAUAUUAAUUGCUGUAAACGAUGAUGGUGAAAGUUUAGAUGAAGCUAACGUUAUUGAAAAAAUAAAAGAAAAAUUAAGGGUAGAAUACCCGAAUGUAUAUGAAAAGUGGCAAAAAAAUGGCUUUCAUAUAAAUUAUCCAUUUCGUGUUGUUUAUAAUUCUGAUUCACCUGAAAAAAAAAUUUACAAACAGACAUUAUUGCGCUUGGCUAUUAACAAUAAUCUAAAAAAUUUAACAAGCGCUUUAGAGGUAAAAGGUGGCAAGAUUCAUCCAGCAGGUGAAUUGUACUCUUGGAAUGCUUUAUAUGCAGCUGUUUUCUGUAUAAACAAGGAAGUAAUAGAUAGUAUUUUAAGGGCAGGGGAGAUACAAAUUAACGCAAGAGAUAAAGAUGAUAAAACUCUUUUACAUCUUGCUUCUGAAAAAGACACAGUAGGUGCAAUAAAAGUUCUCAUAGACAAAGGGGCUGAUCUUAAUGCCAGAGAUAAAGACGGCAAGACGCCGUUACAUCUUGCCGCCGAAAGGAACAAAAUAGAUGCAGUAAAAAUUCUCAUGGACGAAGAAGCUGAUCUUAAUGCAAGAGAUAAAAAUGGCAGAACGCCUUUACAUUUUGCCGCUGGAAAUGGCAAUGCAGAUAUAGUAGAAAUUCUAAUGGAUAAAGGGGAUUAUAUUAAUGUAAUAGAUAAAGAUGACAAGAUACCGUUGCAUCUUGCUGCCGAAAGUGGCAACGCAGGUACAAUAGAAGUUCUAAUUGAGAGAGGAGCUGAUCUUAAUGCAAGAGAUAAAGAUGAAAGGAUACCUUUGCAUCUUGCUGCUGAAAAUGGCAAUGCAGGCACAAUAAAAGCUCUAAUAAGUAAAAGAGCUGAUCUUAAUGCAAGAGAUAAAAAUGGCAGAACGCCUUUACAUCUUGCCGCCAAAAAUGACAAAGUUGAUAUAGUAAACAUUCUAAUAAACAAAGGAGCGAAUAUUAAUGUACAAGAUGAAAGUGGCAAAACUUCUGUGCAGAUUGCUGAUAGAAAUGCAAGAGAUGCUUUAAUUGCAAUUAUUAAAAGACGAGCAACUAUAAAAGGUGUUAUCAAUGACUGUUUUAGAAUAUUGACCACUAUCGUGGUGUUUGCAAUUGUUUGUACUAUGCUGGCCGCUUAUGCUAUGUAUGAAUCUAAUGCUGAUAAAAAUAGCACUAAGAUUGAAGGUUUAACAUUAGAAUCUUUAUAUGAUCUCAAGGAAGGAAAAAACUAAACAACUAUCUAUUUUAAAUUUUUCUUAAAUAUGUUAAAGUCAUUCAUUAUUUGAGGUUUUAGUGAAACUAGGAAUAUUAAUUUCAGGUAGAGGUUCAGAGCCUUUCAGAACGUAUUUUAGCUGAAGAACAUAAAUGCUACGUAGCAGCAGUGAGGUUAAUAGCAGAAAAAAACUAGAUUAAACU